AUGUCUCAGAAAGCCGUCAUUGCCGGAAUCAUCAUUGGUGUGGUCUUCUUGCUGCUCUUUGUGGCAAGUGUCAUCGCUUACUGCCUUCAGAAGCGUCGGAGCCGCAAGCAGAAACAUAGUGACGAGGAGCACGCACUCCAGAGGGUCUUUGGGCCUCAAACGGAACAGGAGGUACGGGCAGCAACGCGGACGUUGACAAUGAAUGACAAGAUUGAGCGCAGGGAAUUCCACUGA